AUUUUCGCGCAAAAAAUAUAAAAACGGUCAGAUUUGUUUUGAAAUAGUAGUGGGAUAGUGUCUCUAUGAUCAACGGUUCUAUUUGUUCGUUAAAACCAGUAAUUUCGUUUUUUUUUUUUCAUUGAAGUAUUCUAUUUUUGUGACUGUGAUAAACUAAUGUGUUAUUAGAUUUAAAUAAUAUAUCGAAAUAUAUUUCUACAAUAAAAUUUUUUAUAUCAAACUAUAUUAUAUACAUCGUAUUUUGUAUUGAUAUGGAAUUUAAGUGUGUAGAUGAUAAAAAUACAACUCCUCAAUCGAAAUCUUGUGUAUUUACAAGUAAUAAUAAUCACGAUAACCAUUUUAAAUUUUUACCUAAUUUUUCGACACCGCCUUCAAAAAUAUCCAAAAUCGUGAAUCCUUUCGAACGACGUUUAAUUAACAGACUUCACCUUCCCACCUUCAGCCCUUCUGUAUUUGGUACAGUAUCAACUCCCAAGUCAGAAGAAAAGUUUAAGUGGACAAUAGACGAUAUUUCAAGUUUGAAACCCGCCGAUAUAGAUGAAGCUACUAUAAGUCAACAUGUAUUUGAGGAAGAUCCUCUUGUGGAAUCUAUGGUACAACAAAAAAUUGAUGAAUUCUUCAGUGAGAAGGUGAUAGUUCCUAGUCCUAUGGUACAUGUCGCUAGAGUACCGUUAGUAGCAGAUAAUUCAGAAAACCUAUUUCAAUCCACUGAAACUAGAGAAGUUUGUGAAAGUUCUACCCAAACAGUACUUUCUCUACCUCCUGUUCUUCCUGUUCAUAUAGAAGAAAUCUUAAAACCAUACUUUCUACCAAUAGAAGAUCAGAGAAAUGUUGAUAACAUCACUGAUAUGAAGAAUACAUCUCUCUUUAAACACCUCUUUGAUUUUGAAAAAGACGCUCUCAGUUCUAGUGAACAUGAGUCUCUACAUUCAAUUUCUCCUAUAUCUGGGAAAGGAACAUCUCCAAUAAAGACUCCUGUUGAAAUGAACAGAAGACAUUCUUUGCCGUUUGAAAUGGACUGUAGUCUCUCACCAAUAGGUAGAAAGUCGUCGCCAAAAGGAUCAAGGUCAGCAUGUAGAUUGGAUUUUUCAAGUAAAAUGAGCCUCGAUGCCAGUUUGGUUGUACCAGAUAUAUUUAACAAUCGGUCAAAUACGAGUGAAUUACUGGAUUUUUCUCAACACAUUCAACCACAGUUAGAGCUGAGUGAUUCAUCUGUGAAUUGGGAUAUGGAAUGUCGACAAGUAUCAUUCGAGUCUCCGAAUGGUAGUUCAGAUUCCAGUAAGAUGGAUAUGUCGAAUUCAAAUACACCCCAUACAAAACUUUUUAUCGGACAGAGAAAAAGACUUAGCGAUAGUUUUAAAAAUGAACAAGUCGAUUUUGUUAAAGAAAAGACUACAACAGAUGUUAAGCAGGGGAGAAAAUUAUUUGAAAAUGAGCUAACUGAUACUGGGUAUCAUACGGAAAGUAUAAAUUUGUACGAGGAGUCUAAAGUAGAAAUGCAAAUGUUCGCAUCCACUCCAACUAAAAUAAGAAAUUAGUCAGUUAUCAAAAUUAGUUUAUGCAAUUUUAUUUUUUUUAGAGCAUUUGAACAAUUUAUUCGCUUUUAUUUGUAAUUAUGUAGUACAGAUUAUACUUGUGUGUGUGUGUUUUCAGAAUAUCUCUCAAAAGGGUUAAAUGUAGACCUCUGGGAUAAAAAUUUAACCCGUAUAUACAAAAAUGGGUUCACCAAAAUACUGAUGAUGAUAAAAAUCAUCUUGAAACGUGAUUUGGAGUCAUGAUAUUUAUAAAAUUAGAAAAAUUAAUUUUAUGGACAAUAUUUUUUGAAAAACUUUGUAGAAAAUGAGUCUUUGAAUAUAAAUUAUAGGUGAAUUUCUAAAUUUUACGUUAGAAGUGAAUUUGUUAAGGUUUUUUAGAAUAAAUUCCUAGAUAGAGGUGAAAAAAAUUGAGAGUAUUUUUUUAUGAAUUUUGGUAAAAUGGUGAAAAUUAGAAGUAAAAAAUUCAAAUCAAACUUGUAUAUCUUUUUAUUUUAAACAAAAAAGGUCCUAUGAAGUUUUUAGAUAUUACUAAUUUUUAAAAAGUGACAAAUUUCAUUUAAUUUUCAACCACUUUUCUCAAUUAUAAAUAUUUUUCACUAUUUUCUAUAUUAUAAAAUUAAAUCCUUGGAAAUUAAAAGAAAAAUGAAAAUAAUUGAAAGAAAUCUAUAGAAUUAAAAAUUUUAUUUUAUACUUAUAAUUUAGCAAGUUAUGAUUCUUCAAAGCUGUAAGUAUCAUCCCUUAGACGUUAGCCACCCUAAUUUUGUAAAUAAUAUUGAAAAACUUUAAAUACCAUUUUUGUGUAAAAUAAAAAGAUCUACAACUUUGAUUUGAAUUUUUUGCUUCUAACUUAUACAGUUUCUCCAAAAUUUAGAAAAAAUAUUUUUUUAUCAUUCUAUGUAAAGGAUAAUUCUAACAAACCCCUCCAAAUCUGUCAAGUAUACUUAAAAGUAAAUUAUUUUGAAAAUUCAUUAAUUUAACCAGAAUUUUCAUUCAAGGGCAUAUUUUCUUGGGCUUAACAUAAUUUUAGAUAUAAUUGAGUUCAAUAAUUUUUUUAUCCUUGGGGGAUACAAUAAAGCCAUAUUUCAACCUUUUAGGGAUAUUUGUAUAUGUUUUUAACUUUGCUGUACUGUUCGGAUCAAUACGACUUAAAAUCAAUUUUCAUUGCUAUUUUUUGAUAGUAUCCCGUGAUUUUUCUUAAUUAACGUAUUUUUUUAUAAGAAAAGCUCAACAGGGAUGUACCACAAAAAAAAUAUGUGACCGUUUACUUUAGAAACAACAGUAGGUCUAAUUGACGUAAAAAUAACAAAUGAACAAAAAAGAAGAAUAAAUUAAUAAAAAAAAGAAGAAUACUUUUAAAAUAUAUAUACAGUUCAUUAAUCUUUCAAGAAUGCAUAAGCUCCGUACUAAAGGAAGUUUAAGGAUUAGUACAAAAAGGAUUUAGUGCAAUAUUGGAAGAAAAUGUAAUAAAAAUAGCUAGAUACUAGUUUUGAUCAACGAAUAAAUGAUAACAAAAUAAAAAUUACGUACAAUUUUUAUGAACAAUAUUUAAAAUAAUUAUAUUUUUUAUCUUAUAUGAAAUAUUUCGGUAAAAUCAUGGAUUAUGUGUAACGAGGGACGUUUUAACAAUCACUUUUAUUGAAAUAUAAACGUUUUCGCUUCGAAACUUAUAAACUAACUUUAUAUGUGGGUAAGUAAUUUUUCUUAAGGGAAUGAAUAUUUUAAGGUAAAAAUACGGUUAUUACAGAAAAAACCGUUACAUAUAGGUAUAUAAAUUUUCCUAGGUUGUACUGAAGUCACGAGCAUUCCGGAAGCUUUGCAACCGUGUAUCAGAACAGAACAUCGGGGUUAAAAUAUUUGUAAUUUUAGUUUUUAAUAAUGAAUUUAAUCUACUGGAUUUAAAUUUAAAUCUUCUAGGCCUCAAUUACCAUUCUAUUUAUAUUUAUAUUAUUGAUAUUAGAAUAAUUCAAAUAUAACGAUCGUAAUAGUGCCAUAAUACGUUUUACACGUAUAUGGCACAUAUGUAGCCACUUGAUCAUACUACCCUUCAAUGUCAUCAGAAUCCACUUCAAUCGGUUUAGUUUUUAUUUUUUCCCCUCUUUGAGGAUAGUAGUGCAUUUUUUCUUAUUCGAUUUAUUAUGACUAAAAAUCGCAUUAAAUUACUAGAUAUCCUUUUUCUUUUUGUUGUCUUCUCUGCUGAUAGUUUUUGUUUGUUAUUUUAGUUUUGGAUGCCUGAAAUCCGUCAGCUGGAUGUUGAAGUCUUGACUAUUUUAGGUUCAGGUACACAAUCCCAUUCUGACUACUCCUCAAUAUCAUCAGAAUCUACUUCAAUGGGUAUAAUGUUUAUUUUUUCCUUCUUUUUAAAUGUAGUAGUGCAUUUUAUUCUAUUAUGACUAAAAAUUACUUUAAAUUAUUCAAUAUUAUCUUCCUUUUUGUUGUUUUUGCAACUGAUGUCGGAGUGAGUUCUAAGCGUUUAGGUUUAUACAUAAACCAUGUAACUUAUUUUUUUAGUCAUAAAAAAGGAUCAAUUGAUGCAUCUUUCUUUUAUGUAUUGCUAAAUUUGAAAUCUGUUGGAUUACAAACUUAUUUUCUUUGAUUAUUAUGUUUUCCUUACAUAGGAUAUAAACUACAUGUUAUUUUUCCCAUUGUAAGUCUAUCCCAUUUAUCUAUCUACUCAAUCCAUUGUCUUAAUUUUUUUUCUUCCACUUACCUUCUUUCUAAUUAUUAUUUUUCAUUUAAUUUAUAAUUUCUUCUAUUUAGAUUCUAUGUAGAUUCAUUUAUGUUGAACUAUUUGUUUCUAUUUAUAUUGUGUCAAAAGCUACCCUCAGGUUUAUAGACCAGCUCAAAAUUUAUUUUUCAUUUUAACGGCACAAAAAAAUUAAACAUUUCAUAUAGUUUUUUGUGUUUUUAAUCUUCUCUAGAAGUGACAUUUUUUGUUACCUAGUAUCAAUAUAUUAACAAAUAUACAGAGUGGCCAGAUAAGAAUUUAUAUUUUAAUACUAGAAAUAUUUAUACUAAACAAAAGUAAAAUUUCUCAAAUUUUCGAGAUAGAGGUUUAAACGACAUGUAAAACUGAAGACUUGAGUAAUUGUUGAAAAAAUUAACUUUUUAUAACAAAUCGAGUAAUACUUUCGUUCAAUACUUUUCGAAGUAUAUAUUACAUGAUACAAAGGUUCCAUUUUACAGCAUGUUACAUUCUUUUCUGGUUAGAAAUUUUAUUAUUUCGAGUUUUUGUUAUAAAAAUUUGUUUUUUUUUUGUAGAAAAAGACAAGUUGAUCUUGCUAUGAAGUUAAUAUAAAACAAUUUCAUAUGAAUGAAAGUACUUUGUGCUUUGAGAAAAAAAUUAUUUAUGUCUACAUAAGACUAUUAGUUUUUCAACUAAAUUGAAAAUUGACGACAAGACUGACGAUUUCUGACAGAAAUCAACUAAACUAUGUAGUUAGCUACAGUGGUUUUUGGUUUAUUUUUCGAAUUAUUUGAUAUUUAUCCACUGCCAAAAUAGUGUAAUUUUUUUUAUAUAUAGUAAUUACUAAAUAAUAACUUUUUUUGUUGUCUUAAUAUGCUCAUUGAACUGAUUUUGUAACUUUUAUAUACGACGUAUAUUAUUUAAUAUGUGCAAUUUACAAUAAAAUAUUUAUGUUACUA